AUGCUACGAGCCAAGCUCUUUAUCUUGCUGGUGCUGUUUGCUGCUUUUUGGCCCAGUUUGGGAGAAAAUCUUGGAAAACCCAAGAAAUCCGAACUUAAAGCAGUAGUCUCUAGAGUUUUUAGCCGGAGAAGGAGAGCAGUCUUGUUUCCUCCAGGAUCGUUUGUAAAGUUCACCUGCUCCUUUGCUACCGGAUUGCUGGCGACCUAUCCGAAAGGUAUAUCCUUUGUUUUGGAGGAAGCUGUCUAUUUUCCAGUGCCGGGGGAAGUUGCGGAUAUCUAUCCAAAGAGGUUUUUGCCCAAGACCACGACAAAGAAACCAGAAAAACUGCCGGAUUCUAUUGUUUAUAUACCCGGUACCGAUUGGCGUUUCAAAGCUCAGACUUUACCCAAACCGAAAUGGAGACAACCACCUCCAAAGACAAAUCGUAUUGAUGAUAAUAGCUAUGCCAAUCCUUUUAAGUGGCAGCAAUGGAACCAGAAACAAAAUUACAAGUGGAGUAUCGAAGAUAUAAACCAGGAAAAGUGGAAAAAAUGGACCACACCUUCACCAAAAUGGGAAACCAAAUGGAAUAAGCCAAAGUACAGUGGAGCUUGGGAGUCCCAUCAUUACCAUGGCCAUCGUGAUCGAAGAUCUUUGUUUGAUCGGUUCACCAAACUGAGUUCACUGAUUGGCAUAGAUGUGAAGUCUUGUAUUUUACGCACAAUCUGCGAUAGCAAAAGAUUGCUCCUUCCACCUGGUUAUUCCAUGCUGCAGGACAUGCUGCGUGUGGUUUUCACUUUGCCUCGACUGGACGGCCUGGAAGAUGAAUACAGUCGGAUUAUGGAGAAAGAUGCUGAUGAUUGUGCUGCGGAGUUAAAGACAAAGUGUAAUAUGAAUUUAUUGAUUUGGUUGCUGAGUGGCAGAGUGGAAUAA